AUGAUGGGUUUUGGGCUCUGGAGAUUGUUUACUACUGCAAUUCUCCUGUUUCAUGGCUUCUGUAUUGCUGAAAAAGCACCAAACUACACUUUCAUGCACGAAGCAACCUUAGCUCCAGAAGUGUCCUAUUAUGACUACAUUAUAGUUGGUGGAGGUACCGCCGGCUGCCCAUUGGCCGCCACUCUCUCGCAAAACUCCACCGUACUCCUCCUCGAACGAGGCGGCUCUCCAUACGGAAACCCUAACAUCACCAACCUAGAUGCAUUUGGUGAAGCCCUUUCUGACCUCUCUCCAUCAUCUCCUUCUCAACGCUUCAUCUCCGAGGACGGCGUGAUAAGCGCCCGAGCCCGGGUGUUAGGAGGCGGAAGCUGCCUGAAUGCUGGGUUUUACACACGCGCCUCCCCACUGUACGUGGAUGACGCCGGCUGGGAUGGGCUGCUGGUGAACGAAUCCUAUAGGUGGGUGGAAAAGAAAGUGGCAUUUGAGCCUACCAUGAGACAGUGGCAAUCUGCUGUAAGAAAUGGAUUGUUGGAGGUUGGUGUCACUCCUUACAAUGGAUUUACAUAUGAUCAUUUGAUUGGUACAAAGGUUGGUGGAACAAUUUUUGAUGUUGAAGGGCAUAGACACACUGCAGCUGAUCUUCUUGAAUAUGCAAACCCUAAUGGACUCACUGUCUUAUUACAUGCUUCUGUUCAUAAAAUCACGUUCAGAAUCAAAGGAAAAGAGAGGCCAACAGCUCAAGGAGUGGUCUUUAGAGAUGCAUCAGGAAUUAAGCACAGAGCAUAUUUGAAGAUUGGGCCAAAGAAUGAGAUUAUUGUAUCAUCUGGGGCACUUGGAAGCCCACAACUUUUAAUGUUGAGUGGUAUAGGCCCAAAAGAGCACCUCGAGGCCCAUAACAUUUCAGUUGUUUUGGACCUGCCCUUAGUGGGCGAAGGAAUGUCAGAUAACCCAAUGAAUGCAAUAUUUGUACCAUCUCCAAAUCCCGUUGAGGUGUCCCUCAUUGAGGUUGUUGGGAUCACAAGAUAUGGAAGCUACAUCGAAGCAGCUAGCGGGAAGAAUUUUAAUAGCAUCUCUCUUCAGAGAGACUUCGGGAUGUUCUCUCCCAAGAUUGGGCAGUUAUCAACAGUUCCACCAAAGCAAAGAACCCCAGAAGCUCUAGCCAAAGCCAUUGAUGCAAUGCAACGACUUGAGCCAGCAGCAUUUAGAGGUGGAUUCAUCUUGGAGAAAAUCAUGGGCCCAAUCUCCACAGGCAAUUUACUCCUCAGAAACAAGAACCCUAAUGACAAUCCAUCAGUCACAUUCAAUUACUUCAAAGAACCACAAGAUUUGCAAAGAUGUGUAGAUGGGCUCAAAAUAAUUGAAAAUGUGAUUGAAUCAAAGUCAUUUUCUCAGUUCAGAUAUGAUUAUCUUUCACUGCCUGUUCUUCUUAACAUGACAGCCAAUGCACCUGUGAAUCUGCUUCCCAAACAUGCCAAUGUUUCAAUUUCAUUGGAGCAGUUUUGCAAGGAUACUGUGAUGACUAUAUGGCAUUAUCAUGGUGGGUGUCAAGUUGGGAGAGUGGUUGAUACAGAUUAUAGGGUUCUUGGAGUGGAUGCUUUGAGGGUUAUUGAUGGAUCCACCUUUAAUUACUCUCCUGGAACAAAUCCUCAAGCUACUGUUAUGAUGCUCGCAAGGUAUAUGGGAGUAAAGAUAUUGAAGGAGAGACUUGAAGGACAAUAA